AUGUUUAUAUUAAUAUUUUCGCUCCUCAACAUCUCAAUACAACAAAUCCAACAAUGCCAGUACAUUCUCAAUCAGGAAAGUUGCAUCAAUUCAUGCGAAUGGCAGAAUGAAAGUUGUCAAAUCAAACAAAGCAAUAAUUAUUGCAAUCUCAACAAAUUGACCUAGGAAUAAUGUCGAUAACAUCCAACAUGUGCCUUCUUUGAUAAUAAAUGUGAACCAUUUUUUGGAUGUUAAGCCUACAAGAAUGAUGGAGCAAACUGUCCAAGAAUAUCAAUUAAUUGCAUUUCAAUUAGCGAUUAACUUGUCUGUGUGCAAAAACCAAUCAAUUGUUUCUAAAUUACUGAGCAAAAGUAUUGUGGUUAUAUUGAGCAUUAAAUGGGCAGUAAAGAAUCAUGCGAGUGGAAAGACGAUAAAUGUUAAUUUGCAGGAUGUGAUAAAGUAAACCAAUAAAAAGAAAUCUCAUCUUUAAUAUGCUAAAAGUUUCAUAAUGUUUGCAAAUUUGAUGGAAUAGAAUGCAAAACUAAAUUAUUAGAAUGCUCUUCAUAUAUCUCAAAUUGCAAUUCAAUUAUACCCCUCAUAGGCAGAUGCCAAUAUAAUUCUAUUUAAUAAAGGUGUAUGAAUGCAUCCUGUUAUAAUUAUAUGGAGGAUAGUUACGAAAAGUGUCAACAACAUUUCGGUUAAAAUGGGACUUAAUGUGUGUACAAUGAUGAAUAUUUCGAGGGAUUAUGUCUUGAAUUUGAUUAUAAGAAAUAUGUUGGGAAAUGUCUCAUAGAAAUGCAAAAUAAAUCGAGCAAUAAUUAUUUGUCAAUAUCUAAAUGCUUUGCCAUUAACAUACUGAAGUAUGAUUAGAAAAUAACAUUUUUUGUAAAGAAGAACAACACUGCUUUAUAAAGAAGCGAAUGUAAUACCAGUCUAACAUAAUAUGAGUGUAAUUUGAUGGAGACUGUAGAAUUAAAAAAAUGUUAAUGGAAUAACAAUAAUUGUGUACCCAUCAACUCAUGUGAUGAUUAUGUAUUAAGUUAUAACUCUGAAGAAGAUGCUUGUGCUAGGUUGAAUUUAGGUUGUAAAUAAAUUUCUUGUUCAAAAAACAGUAAUGGAUGUUGUGUUUAAAUAUUUGGAUGUCAUGGCUAUUAGCAUAGAGAAGAAUGUACAAAUAACUCAAAGAAUGUUACUGAUUUAUAACACACUUGCAUUUGGGAGAAUGACUCCUGUCGAUCUGGAAAAUGCGAAGACUUUAAUAAAGAUAGUUAUCAAUGUAACAAUUUAACUGAGUGCAAAUAUAUUGGCACAUCCUGUAGAAAUAGAAAAUAUAUUGCUUGUGAAGGUUUGGAUAUUUAUGAUUGCGCACAAUAAAAUUGUUUCUACGUAAAUCAAAAAUGCUAUGAUCCCAGCGAAAUAACGAAAUAAAUCACAGAAUUAACUAUAGAUGGAGAUACUUUCUGUAGGCAUUUUUCUGAUAAACUUAUGUAUUCUUUUGAAACUAAAAAUUGUCGUUUAAAAACUCUAUGCCAAAAUUAUAGUUACUAUUGCUAAAGUAUGAAGUAAUUUGAUAAUGUUCAAUGUGUAAAUGUAAAUUCUUAGUGUUAACCUAUGACAUCUUGCUCGCAAAUUUAAUUCUAAACAAAAGAAAAGUGUUAUUAGGCUUCUCCUGUCUGUAAUACAAAUAAGAAAACUUGCGAGUAUGCUUAGGAAACAUGCUCUGCUUAUGCUAAUGAAGAAUCUUGUAAUUUCUAAUUGGAUUCAAGUUUUUGUAAAUGGAAUUAGAAUUCAUGUCAACUAUUAAAAUGCGAGGACUUAACUUUUGAUAAUUGCGAUUCAAAAUAUUUGUGCAUGGAUCCUUAGGCUUGUAGAAAGAACAUGUGUGUCCCAUACCAAAAUAAUUGUAUUACCAUAAAAUCAAGAUGUCGUUUGUACAAGUCGGAAGAGCAUUGCUAUAAAUCUAUAAGUACUUUUUGUUUUUGGGAUGGUAAUUCUUGUUUGUCUUCAUCUAAUUGUCAAGGUACUUCAUGCUAAUAAAUCCAUAAUUACUGUGCUCUUGAGGAAGAUAGAGAUUAAAAAGUAUCAUCAUUCAACAAUUCUUGA